GAUAGCGAGCUAGCACGAAGACCAAAACUGGCCCAAACCUGCUGCAUGUUGCCAAAUAAAGCAACAGUCGUCAUUGCGAAUUACGAACGCACGGCUCGUCCAAAUUGCCGAGCUGCGUGAAUGUUACCUACUUUGCACCUAAGUCUUGUUUUGUAAGCAUGCUUUCUGGUGGGCAGCGGUUCGUAGCCGCUCCUAAUCCGGCGCAGCCCCAUGCGCGCGAUCGAAUUCUGCCUGCGUGCACUACUCAGAACUUCUCCAAGGCAGUAGUCGAGUCAUUUCCACAUCUGCUGCAUGCAUUCCCAGUCGCGAGCUUCCAUCCCUUUUAUUGACUAUGAAAGCGCUAUCCGGUUUAGCAGCCGUUUUCGCAGCUGCUUUGCUCAGCUGCUGCUGCUGCGUUCUCCCGCUGCUGGGCACAGUGAGCGCGGCCGGUGUUGUAGGAGAGCUUCCACGCCAUGACGAUUGUGCAGCUACUUACCAGUCGCUGAUUGAAGACGUCUUCUAUGCGGAGGACCGAACCUGCAAGGAGCACGUUCGCGCGGCGCUUGUGUCUGGGGAUUCGCGGGACUGCCCAUCCACUGAUGCUCUGACAAGCGCGGUAUGGACGUGCAUGAGCGGCUACAACUCCGUCAGCGGCCAGGUUGAUCAGCCCCGCAUCGAAGCCUGGCUCAAGGUGUACAGUAUCUGCCAGGGCCUCUCGAUCCUUCAGCAGCAGCCGGGAACGGUGGCCCGGAUGGUCACUACCACGAACCAGCAGCCUAACCCAUGCUUCAAGCUGUUCAGUGACGUGCACGAGUUCGCUGCAUACCUGCACAAUGCAGCACUCCGCACAAGCCGAAGGCAGGCUGUCACUGCUGCGGGUGGCCCCACUGGCAGUGUUGCCCAGUCUCCCUGUGUCGCCAUCAAGACCCCUGAGGAUCACACAACGCCGGGAGCUGUCGACUCGGGCUGCUAUCCGAACGCAAACUACCUGUUUGCAACUCUUCCUGCACCCACGACUGAUGCUUCUAAGUAAGAUCCGCCGGAAGGUUGCUUACUUGAGAGUGCAGACAGUACAUGAGCAUUGAAAGUCCAGUCUUGCAACGUAUACCCUACCUUCCAGCGACGGAACCGUUCAAGUACCUCGGUGUGCAAGUCACAAUGACCCUAAACUGGGGGCCCCAAUUUGCGUACCUAUGCAAAAAUAUCACGGACAAAAGCCUAAGCCUCCAAACGUGUCA